UCUGUCCUAGGUGGGAGAGGGUAUGAGAGUAGUCAAAGAGGCUGGGGACUGUCUGAAACUCUUCUGUCAGAGGGGUGGAGGCGGUGCGACAAUCCAGCCCACUUGCGUCGUUGCCUCCUUCAGCCCACCCACAUCCCUGUUUCUCCCCACCCCUCCAAAAAGUUCUAGAUCCCAGUGAAUGACCCACACAGCCCGGGUACCAGGUUAAGAAAGCUCAGAGGAGCUAUCAGGAGACAGUGAAAGUUCACCUGCCCCUUAUUAUACAUUAACUCUUCAAAGAAAAUACGUAAUUAGGAGCUUAAAGGCGUAUUCCUCAGGCUUCCUCUGCCGCAGAAAGCCAAGUGCAGGGCUGGGCAUUGGGGCCGGACUCGCGCUCCCUCUGGCGGCCACGUGGGGCCCUCGAUGGCCGAAGUCGCGGCUGCUCCGCCCCCUCCAACAGGAGCCAAUAGGAGCCCAAGGCUCCGCCCCUGGGUAAUCACCUCCCCAAGAGUAUUUAACUGAGUGACCAAGAAAACACUCGGAGAGCUAAGAAAGCCUGAGAAGGUAGUGCUGAGUGGAGAGCGGCCCCAACUCACAACCUGCAACCGAGAAGUGGGAGCGGCUAGCAGCAAGUCAAGCCAGAGCAGAAGGGGGUGAGUCCCGGAGCAGUGCCCCGCGCAGAACUGCCCGGUCUCACCCUGGGUCGUUGCCGCCAUGUCCUGGCUAGUACUACUGGGCGCACUGCUGUGCACGCUGCGAGUCGGAUUAGGCACCCUGGACUCCGAGGACUUCCUGCCCACCGCGCCGCGUAACUGCCCCUACAAAUGCGUCUGCGCUGCCGACCUCCUGAGCUGCGCAGGCCUUGGGCUGCAGGACGUGCCAGCCGCGUUACCUUUCUCUGCGGCAGACCUCGAUCUGAGCCACAACGCGCUCCAGCGCCUGCGCCCCGGGUGGCUAACGCCCCUCUCCCAGCUGCGCGCCCUGCGCCUAGGUCACAACGAGCUGGAGGCGCUGGGUCGCGGAGUCUUCACCAAUGCCAGCGGCCUGCGGCUGCUCGAUUUAUCAUCGAACGCGCUGCGUGCGCUUGGCCGCCACGACCUCGCCGGGCUGGAGGCGCUCGAGAUGCUGCUGCUGUUCAAUAACCGCCUGGCGCACUUGGACCAGCAUGCCUUCCAGGGCCUGGGCGCGCUCCGCUGGCUCUACCUGGGCUGCAACGAACUCACGUCUUUCUCUUUCGACCACCUGCACGGGCUGGGCGUGACCCACCUCCGCACCCUGGAUCUCUCCUCCAACCGCCUGGGACGUAUCUGGGUACCUGACCUGGCUUCGCUGCCCGCCUUUCUCAAGAACGGCCUUUACUUGCACAACAAUCCGUUGCCCUGUGACUGCCACCUCUACCACCUGCUGCAGCGCUGGCACCAGCGGGGACUAAGCGCUGUGAGUGACUUUGCCCGUGAGUACAUGUGUCUGGCUUUCAAAGUACCCACGUCCCGCGUGCGCUUCUUUGAGCACAGCCGAGUUUUUGAGAACUGCUCGGCUGCCCUGGCUCGGGGCCUAGAGCGGCCUGAAGAGCAGCUGCAAGUGCAGGUGGGUCGGUCCCUGAGGCUACAAUGCAACACCAGCGCCCCGGCAGCUCACGUUGCCUGGGUCUCCCCGCAGCAUGAGCUGCUGGUGGCGCCAGGAUCCCGCAAUGGCAGCAUCGCAGUGCUGGCUGAUGGCAGCUUGGUCAUCCGCAACGUGCAGCCAUGGCAUGAGGGUGUCUUUGUGUGCCUGGCCACUGGGCCCCGCCUACGUCACAGCCAGACUCACGAGUACAACGUGAGUGUGCACUUCACACACCCUGAGCCUGAGGCGUUCAACACCGGCUACACCACGCUGCUGGGCUGCGCCGUGGGCCUGGUGCUGGUGCUGCUCUACUUGUUCGCACCGCCCUGUCCUGGCUGCCGCCGCUGCUACCAGCGCACCUGCCGCUGCUGCCGCUGCUGCCGCUGGCCCCGAGCACCCAGCCCACUCCAGGAGCUGAGCGCACAGUCCUCCAUGCUCAGCACCACACCACCCGAUGUGCCCAGCCGCAAGGCCAGUGUCCACAAGCAUGUGGUCUUUCUGGAACCCGGCAGGAGGAGCCUCAACGGUCGUGUGCAGCUGGCAGUAGCUGAGGACUUUGAUCUCUACAACCCUGUGAGCCUGCGGUUCAAGGCCGGCUCCGAGUCCUCUAGCUCCACGGGCUCUGAGGGGCUGGUGAUGACCUAGGCUGCCCAGGGCCCCCACCGCCUGCCUGCUGCUUGCCCUGCUCCCUGCUGUCACGCAGAGUACUGCCAGGUGCUGGUAGGAAGCACUGGGCUUGGUCCUCCAGCCUCCUGUGUGGGGCUCCACUUACCCCACAGUGGCCUCAUUCACUGGUAGAAUUGGGGUCCCUGACCUCUGCCUCAGCACAGGGCCUGCCUGUGCUCCCUUUCCUUGGGACCGCUUGGUGCCCAAAUGUCGCGUGAGGAUUGGAACCGAGGCCUAUCAGGAAGAGCCCUUGCAUUACAGUCCAGGUCCACCCCGAGGGGCCAAGGCAGCUAUGAAGGAGUGCUGGUGAGGAAUCGAAGCGUAACCUCCUUCCUCUUCCCAAGGGGAUAGGAAGGGGGAGGGCUCCGAAGGAAGACCUGGCCCCGCCCCCAGGGGGAAGGCGGAAACAAGCCCUUCUCUGAUGAACUGGGACUCUCCACGCACCAGCGUCUACCCUACUUCCAGUCUACUUCAGCUUCACGACUCCAUUCAGAGUCUGGUGGGCAGGUAUGAGGCAGACGAGGCUCCUUAAAAGACCUGCAGGUGGCCUGGCCUGGGCCCUUGCCAGAACAGCCCUGCUCCUUCUGUGGCUGGAGCAUCUGCAGGGUACUCUGAGGGCAGCGCGCCUCUCCCAUGGGCUCCUGGGAGAGUAGGAAGGGCGCCAUGGCCCUGUGCUCCCAGCUUUUCAGCAGUAAAGAGCCUGCUGAGCAUGGCCGUGAUGGAAGGGCGAAGCUGAGACUCACUGUCCCUUGAGGAUAGAAGCCUCUUAAGGGUUGGCACUGGUCUCUGCCUAAUGGCAGUGCCCUGGCUUCAGAUCGGUUUCCCCCGUCCCACUGCAGGGAGGCAGGGAAGGGGGGCUGGGAACCACUCCUGUGUGGGGGCUGAGCUGGCACUCUCACGAGUGUCUGGGAUCCAGUUGUCAUGGAGUUUCUCAAUAAAGGUAGGACAUGCUCAUUGCUGGAGCCUUUGCAGACA